CCACAUAUUUUCAUGCAUACACGUGCACACCUACUAUUAUUAUCGCCUUCCCUAACGGCAUAGUCAUAUCGAUUAAUCGUUAUUGUUUACAUACGAAUUUGAGCCGCAAUUUUAAAAGUCAUGUGUUCCAUUAAUGCUAAUACGCAACUUUAGAAUUUAAGUGAAAUGUGUUAAAAUAUGCAUUCUCGUGCAUAAAUUGAUGGCAAUUUCAAGUGUGUUAGCCAUUACAGUGUGUUAUCAAAUAAAGUUCGCUGCUAAACUCUUUCGAAUUGCAAGCAAACCGUCGCAGGCAUCAGCUGAAUGGCAAGAAUGAAAUGAUAUUAUUUACGGAAAUGAAAGUUAAAUCAGCUAAAAAAGCAGUGAAGCGAGAUCCUCCUGCCGAUGAUGGUGCAGAAGUAGAAAAGCCAGCUGCAAAGGUAUUAAAGAAAGCAAAGAUGGUGUCCAACGGUGUUACAAAUGGUUCGGCAGAAACGACUGUAGCAGAACAAUCCGCGGUAGAGAAAGGAGUCAACGCAGUCAAUAAAUCCAUAUUCCAACAUUUCAAAGAGUUAACAAAUGAGGAGGAAGACAAACGUAUGAAAGCUGCGUUACAAUUGCUGCAACAACUAAGCAAAACCAAAGAAGCCGAAAAGCGACAAAAAGAACUGACCUACACGCUGAAACGUUUAGUGCGUGGCUGUGGCGCUGCAACAAAUACGUCACGUGCUGGAUUUUACACAGGAUUGGUUGCGUUGCUAAAAGCGUUCGACGAACACGAAAUCACGUUGGAAAAUAUAUUUAACACAAUGCACAAAGAGCUGAGUGUGGGGGCCACUGUCGCCAACAAGGACGACGCGGAUGCUGUUGUUGGUAAAAUACUAGUUUGUGGUGCUUUACAACAAUCUGGUCGUUUGGACAACUUGAAGAAUAAUGAGCAUUUGGAACGUAUCAUAAGCACAUUACUGCAGGCGACAAAACAACGCAGUUAUCAUGCAUCGCUAGCUUAUGCACUACUUAUAGAGUUAGUAGAAAAGAUUUCUGCAAAAGAUUUCAAUGCUGUAGUGUGGCCGUUGUUGCAAAUUGAGUUGCAACGCCCUUGGCCGAAACAAACACUGCAAACCGUGCACUGUCUCAUUGCCGUGCAGCGCAAAUUUCCAAACAUCGUAAAUGCCAAAUUUUUAAAGGCACAUUUCGGCAGCGCCGAUCUACUAAAUGCCGAUAGUUGUGCACACUUCUAUCGACUAUUUUGGGAACACAAUAACAUGCAACAAUUAACACAUCCAGCUUUUGAACUUUUCGGCGCUUGCUUGGCUACUAGCAACAAUCUCAAAACCUUCUGGACGCAACAGGUUGAUGCGGGUCUAGAAACAAGCAAUAAAUUACGCGAGUUGAUUACACUGAAAAUAGCUACUGACGUACUUAAUAGUUGGCAACAAACGCAGGAGGUGGUUGUUGCAGAUCUAUUAAGUCCGAAUUUUAUGCGCCUGCUGGUUGAAGGUCUUAAAAAUCAAAAGCAAAAGAAAGAUGAAACUCUAAAAGCUUUCUACGACGACUUCUUCGAAGCUUUGGUGGGUUGUUGCACAAAGCUUGCCGACGACGAGCAAUUGGUAGCCGUAAUACGCCAUCUUAUACUACCGCCUGGCCUUUUUGGCAUUGAAAAGUAUACGAGCACACGCGUUGUGCAUCAAUUAAUAAACGCUUUGGGCACAACGGGCGUAAAGCAAUUGAAUUUGCUCUAUCGAGAUAUCUUUCUCGGCACAAAGGCGAAGAAUGCCGAUAAUGCGAGCGAAACAUGGCUCAAUUUCGAACGCAUGAACGCUGGAUUCAUGUUACAGCAUUUGCUAGCACACAAAGCCGUGCGUCAGGAAUACGAUUGGCGCGAACAGCAAUUACGUUUUCUGCUUACCUGUGGUAUCUUCCAUGUUACAGAUUCAGCUGUCAUAUGCAAGAAGGAAGCGGCCUCCGCUUUCAGCAAUGAAUUUGGCGAACAAUGUAAAAAUAUGUUCUAUACCAGUAUGCAGAGUCGUUUGCUCGACUUGAAACAGGAAAAGCAGCUGCUUUUGAAAUUGGUGCAAUACUGCAAUGAACGCGUUGAACAAAAGCACGCCUCAAAGAGUUUUCGCAUCAAACAGUAUGAUGAGUCCUUACUGAAAUAUUGGCGACAAAUGCACGCAGCCGUAAGCGUUGCUGAGACGAGGGGUAAGAAAAAGGAGAAGCCGAAACCGCACAAGUCGGCAGCUGAUAGUGAUAAAUUGGAACUGGUUUUCCAAAUUUUAUUACUAAAUAUGGGUUUACAGUUGUUCCGCGAACCGGAAAUGGCUGGACCGGCUAUAGAGGACUUGCUCAAGUGUAUGCAGCGCAUAAAAGAGAAACACAAGAGCAAACAAAAGGCUAAGGGAGGCGUCAAAACAGUUGAUGGCGAGAGCGAGGAGCCCGAGUGGAUUGAGGUUGUCGUGGAUCUAUUUCUUCAUCUACUCUCACAGAAUGCAAUUGCGCUGCGUAAUAUUGUGAAUGCGCUAUUCCCUCACUUAUGUGACAGUCUAAAUCUGACAGCCGUGCACCAAAUUUUAGCAGUACUAGACAUGAAGGAUGGACAUAAUCCAUUAAGUACGCAUGGCGAAGAGAGUGACGAUGAUGAAGAUGAUGAAGAAAACAGCGCAGAUGAGGAAAAUGUAACGAAACUUACAAAUGGCAAAACAGGCGGUGAUGCUGCUUCCGAAAGUGAUGCUGAUGAGGAUGAUGAUGGCGACGAUGAUGAAGAUGAUGAUGACGAAGACGAUGAUGAUGAUGACGCUGACGAGGAUGAGGACGAAGAAGCUACUUCAGCCGAUAAACUUCGUAAUGCCAUCUCACAAGCGCUAAUGGAGCAUGGUGGCAUGCCAACCGCAGCUGAUGAUGACGAUGAUAUGGCUUCGAUCGAUUUGAAUGACAUGAGUGAAGAGCAGGGUCGUAAAUUGGACGAAGCGCUAGCCGAAGCUUUUAAAGCCAUGCGCAAGACCGGUGGCGGCGGUGCAGCUGCAAAGAAAUCAAAGAGUUAUCGUGUUAAGAUCACCACAGUGAUGCAUUUCCGCAUACGCGUACUCGAUCUACUUGAAAUAUAUUUGCAAAAGCAACCACCAUUGCUGAUCGCCAUCGAAAUUAUGUUGGCCUUAUAUAAUAUGUUGCCAUAUUGUGUGGGCGAUGAGCUAAAGCCAUUGCAAACAAAAGUGGAAAAAGUGUUGCAAAAGCUGACAACAUUGAAAUGCGAUACCGCCGAUGUGCAGGAGGAUGAGUUGGUCGCAUUUAUACGUCUAAUUGUGGAGCAAAAAUCACCGGCAACCGCUUUUGAGGCGAUGAAUAAAAUGCGCAACAAAUGCAUUAUAUUCCUAGUGAAUAAUGCAAAUAAAAUUGCGGUGGAAAAGAGCGCCGAGUGUAAAAAAGUGUUGACGCUAUGUCAAGAGUAUAUCCAAGAGUUCCUACAAUCGCGAAAUCCCAGCGUGAAUAUCACUCUGCUAUCUGAUAUUUUUCGUCUACGCUGGACCGGCGUAUGGAACUUGGCUGUGACGCUAACGCAUGACGGGCUCAAUAUGAAAACACGCGCUUUCCGCCGCAUACAGAUAUAUGAGAUACUCGAUGUACUCUAUAAAAAUCAUGAUUUGCAACGCGUGGACGUGUCCAGCACCAAACAGCGGUUGGGUGAGAUUGAAAACGUGCUUUGUAAUCAUAUUAAAACACUAGCUGCCAACACCAACGUUGAGGUAUCGCCUAAAGAGUACAGUGUACUGUUACAACUGCUGCUGCAGGCGCAGAAGACACAUCAAAGGCUGCAAUUGAAAUCGGCGUUGUCCGACGUUUCAAUUGGACAAGCGGUGCAAAGUAUGCGAGCGGACUCAUCGGCGCUACUGCAACGCUAUUGUGUGGCAUACAAGUUGCCCGUAGUGCGGAGCAAGGAGAAGCAAAAGUUUAAUGGAAAGCAUGUUGAAGAUAAUGCCGAAGAAGCGAAUGGGCAGGGUGAAAAGGAAGUGCAAGAUAGAGCGGAAGGAAGAGAGAAUGGUGUGGUAGAGGAACAGAAGAAAAAACGCAAGAAGACUACCGAUAGUGCGUUGAGAAAGUUAAAGAAACAAAAGAAAGAACAGCGUCUGCAGAUCGCGUCCGCAGGUUUAAAUGGAGGAUUUGCGUUCGUGCGUCCGAUUUCUCAGGAAGAGGGAUCCGGAGACGAAAGCGCGUAGUUUAUUUGUUUGUUUUAGCCAACACAAUAAAAUUAGUGUAAAAAGGAUUGAAGUCAAAUAUUUUGUGAAAAUAAAACAAUUUCUAAUUUUAAUAAAUAAUGUAAAUUGUGUCUUUAUAAACAGUAGAGACAAAAUCAA